GGUCUGUAGGGCGGGCUGGGUCCCGGAAGCGGAAGCGCAGUGCACUUCCGGCGCGCAGCGGGCGGCCAUGUUGGAGCAGCGGAGGCGGCGCAGAGGCGCGUCUUGGGUCCCCGCGGCGGCGCCGGUGCCAAGCGCUGGUUUGCGGAUACCCAGGCAGAUCUGCAGUGCCUAAUGCCAUGAGUGUGGUGGUUCAGCAUGUGGAGGAAAAAGCUGUGCACUCCUGGUCGCGCAUCUCCACGGCAGGGAAGAAGGCCCUGGAAGAGGCGCUGCUUGUCUUUAACCCAAUGAGCCAGGAUCUCAGUGCCACAGAGGCCCAGCUUGUGGCCUUCCUACAGGGCUUGCGAGAUGAUGGCUUCCAACCUACCAUCCUGCGCAGUGGUGAUGUCUAUGGCUAUAGUUCAUGCACAGCUAAUCCCCCAAGCCAGACGAAACUGCAGGCUCGUGCCCCUAACCCAACUGCCACAUCACCUCCAGCCAGUGCUCCCCGAACUGCCAUGCGGUUGCCUGCAGGUCGGGCCACACUGCUUCCCAUGCCGCUAUCUGGCAGACUGGCCAAAGCAUCCACACCAGCCCUUGCCAAGCAUGCUACCACCAACCUGCUGCUGAGCUCUCUGAAGCAGUCAAGUGCCAGCCAUGCCCGGGGUGCAGCAGUGGGCUUCCCCACCCACCUUUAUCCAGGCGUCUACCCUGCCAUGCGGCUCUCUGUUGUCCUUGAGGCCCUGGUUCCGCUUAAGACUCCCAUGCCCUGCUUGGGUGCCAAGCACAAGGCACAGUCACUGCAGCUCUCACUUGCAGACUCUCCUCUGAAACUGCGGAAAAGUUCAGGGAAGGGGAACCCUCGGCCCAAAGCUCCCAGAAAAACCACAAGCAAGGGCCCCAAGUGUCUGACUCUCAAAGGCCCUGGGGCUGGACCCCGACGAGGCUCUGGGCACCAGAGCAAAACCAACAGAGCCACUGGGUCCCCCAGCGUCCAGCAAAUGAAAGGGGGCUCUGCCCUGGGCACCAAAACAGCCCAGGCCAAGGUAGCUCGAACACUGGCCAAAGCUGCUCAUGCCCAAGCCAAGGUGGCUCGAACACAGGCCAAGGCUGCUAAGGCCCGGGCCAAGGCCAAGGCAGCACGGGUCAAGGCUAAGGCCAAAGCUAAGGCAGCACGGGUCAAGGCCAAGGCCAAAGUCAUGGCAGCACGGGCCAAGGCCAAGGCUAAAGCCAAGGCCAUACGGGCCAAGGCCAAGGUGGCUCGGACCCAGCCCAGGGGCAGAGGCAGGCCAAAGGGGUCUGCUAAGGCCAGAACUACAAGGAAGGGCCAGAAAAACCGCCCUGAGACUGUUGGGCAGAAGAGGAAAAGGGCUGAGGAGGCAAAAGAUCUUCCUCCCAAGAAGAGAACACGGCUUGGGCCCCGAUCUCCUAAGGCAUGGCUAGGGCCUGGAACAGCAAAGCUGCUGAAGUUCCGUGCCAUAAAGGUAGAUAGGCGGUCCUCGGAUGAUGAGGUGCGGCAGCGGGCUCAGCGGAUCCUCCGCGUGAACCUGUCACCUGUAAUACGGCUCCAGCCAUUGCUGCCAUAUUCAGCAGUCUGAUUCCUUCACACGGCAAUGUUUGGGGAAACUAAGCCCAGCUGUCUGUGUGGCUAGUGGCACAGUGUGCUAUGCCCGUGGACUCCACAAUCUUGAGGACUCUGGGUACCUCUCUAGGGCCCUGGUGACCACCAGCCUCCUUUCAGAAACCAGAGGGGGUGGGGUACGGUGGGGUGGGUGGGCGGGAGGGGUGUUUUCAUGGCGCGAUGCACUGUGACUUGUUAUUCAAGUUGUAUGUCUACUGUUUCAUCUAUCAUGUUUUAUACCUUUCCACCUUCCA